UUUUGAGGGUUUAGGCAUAACUGAUUUAGACACGAAUGGAUUGGGGAGCAGGUGAUAGCUUGAAAGCAAGGUCUUACGGCCAAGCAAACGAAUAUAAUGAUGCCAAUGAGAGAUUAUCUAAUACUGGAGGUGGCGGAAAGCCUGACAAUGACUGGGACGCUAUCUCAAAAGUUCAACAAGAGGUUAUAAAGAAGGAUAUGGAAAAUCAUACACAGAAGAAUAAUGAGCAAAAGAAGCAAUACUACAGCGUCCUGGAUCGUCAACGUUACGAAAAAUUACAACUAAAGUUAACUGAGGAGCAAAUGAAGCAACGGGAAAUGGCUGAGAUGAAACAGAGAGAAGAAGAGCUUCGUAAGGCUGCUGAAAUGGAGAAGGAUCAGCGUAACAAGUAUCUCGAGUACAUGAACAACAACUACAAAACCACACUUGACUACAAGCGCGAGCGUGAAAGAGAGAAAAAGGAGUCUGACCUUGAGGAAGAACGCAAAAGACUUAAGAUAAUUGAGAAAGAUCUGAAGGAGGAACAGUUCAGAAACCACAAGAAAAAGGAGAACUUCAUGAAAGAAGUUGCAGAAAUAGAGAAUCAUAAGAAACAAAUGAAGGAGUUCGAAAAGCUUAAUAAAAAUCGUGAAAGAGAGGAAUAUCAAGAGCUCUCCAAGAAGAACUACGACCUCGAGGUUGAAAGAGAGAACAAUUAUAAGAAGUUCUUCCAGGACUAUGAAGGAAACAUGAGCAAUAGAAUGUCAAACCAUAUUAAACAUGUUACUGAGCAGAGUAUCGCCAAGCAACAGAAACUUGACAUGAUCGAAGAUAGAAACGAAAAACUCAGAAAAGACUAUCUUGAAGAGAAAGACAGGAAGGAGAGAGAGGAAAGAAUGAGACAGCUCCAAGAGAUGAAUGACCAAAACAAAAGAAUCUUCGAUAAGCUUGACAAGGAGAGAACUGGUAAGAAAGAGAUGUACCAAAGGAUGACUGAACAGAGAAAGAAAGAGGAGGAUGAGUACAGAAAAUAUCAGGAACAACAAAUGCAAGAGGAACAGGAUAGGAAAAAGAUGUACAGAGACGCACUCCAAUACCAGAAGGGUUACAGUGAAUAUAAUAAGAAUGCCUCUAAUCAAAUGACUAAUAUGGAGAAGAAGCUUAAUGCUAAAGAUCUUAGAACUCUUCAAGACAAUAAAGUUGAGUAUGAAGGAAUGGUCCCAGGAAUACAUAAUAUCCAAUCUGUUGGGUCAAAGCCAUUGCUUAGAAAGGCAAAUGAGGAUAUUUACGACCCAUCUAAGAAACAGCCAGAGUUCAUGAUCAAAGACUUUAACAAGAGUUAUAAGGAGCUAAGGACAUCUAUAAAACCUGCUGAAGGUUUUUCAAAAGUGCAUACUACCAAGAAUCAGAACAGGUAUGAUCCAAUCACGAACCCUGUGCCAUUUGUGAACCAGAAUCCUUAUAUUAUGAAGGAGAAGACUAUGAUUGGUGGAGAGGGAAGUAGUAGCUUGAUUAACCACAGCAACAGAAGAUCUCAGAGAUCCUUGUUAUCAGCUACAGCCGAAAAGAAUAUUUUAAUCUAG